UGUAUGUAUGUGUGUAAUUAUGUAUGUCUGUUUGUAUGUAUAAGUGUGAUGACUAUUUAACUUUGUCCUGUUUUCGAAUAGUCGAACUCACUGUUAUCCCCAAAUUUCAUUCUGAUCCUGAUUACUAUGAUGUAUGUAUAUAGAUUAGUCAAUUGAUUACGUAACCUCAUUUAAUAAUAAAGAGUCUUGAAUCAAUCUAUAACAUUAUAAUUGGCAGUAUCAUCUGUAUCCUCAUCACCAUCGUCACCAUCCUCAUGGUUGAUAGUCGUAUUCAUCAUGAUGAAUAUGGUUUUGAUGUUAUCACACGUUUAUUCAAUCAGCUUAUUUAAGUAGUAUAAAAGAGAAAAGAGAAAAAAAUUAUAAUCAUAUAUACAUUUGUACAACACAUACACACACACACAAUUAAGCAUAUCUACUAAAAGAUUUCAAUGUUGACUAUUAUCAUUCAAUGGUUUCAACAAUAUAAGAUCUUUAUCUGGAACGUAUAAUCAUUGAAUUAUUCAACAAGCAAUUACAUCCAUUCAAACUAUUGUACAUAUCAUUUUCCUAUUAUAAAACACUUCAUCAAUUAUGAAAUUUCAUUCUUAUCUAAUCUCUUUAUUCGGAAUUAUUUUACUACUUAAAUCAUUUAUAAGUAGUUUUCAAAUUCCAACUGUGAUUUAUAAUCUUGCUGAUGAAACGCCUACUGGUUCAUUAAUUGGUAAUAUAGCAGAGAAUUUAUCACCGGACUAUGUACAAAAAUAUACUUUCCUAUUAAUCUCUUCCAUAAAAUUUCAAUAUAUAAGUGAUUUCUUUAAAAUAACCCCAAAUGGUGAUCUAAUCACAUUACGUAAUAUUGAUCGUGAUGAUACUAAUGAUAUAUGUGGUCCAUUAGAUUGUUGUUCAUCCGUAGUAUGUCAAAUUGAAGCCAAUGUAAUCCUCACUAGACAAUGGGAUACCACAUGGAAACAAGAUUACCAUCCCCCUAAACAUUCGUUGGUCAAAAAUAAUCACAAUCCUGAUGAGGAAGAGUACAGACUAAACUCGGUCAAGCUGAAUGUAUCCAAUCAAAAAAAUAUCAUACGAUUAUAUAUACGAAUUAAUGAUGCUAAUGAUAAUCCACCACGUUUUAUGUCAACGAACCUCAUGAAAUAUGAUCCAUCAAAUGAAUCACAUCAAUUAUUGAAUAGACCAUUUAUUAUUUAUAUUCGAGAAGGUGAUACCAGUGGAUUUGAAGGUCUCCCAAUUGCUUCUGAUGCUGAUUCCGAAGUCAAUGGUAUAGUAAUGUACAAAUUGAUUGAACAAACAAGUAGCGGUGAUCCUGUUAAAGAACCAUGUCUGAAUAUCAGUAUGACCUAUAGUCAUGGGAAUUCAAUCAGUUCACAUCAUUUAAAUCCAAAAUUAAUACUUCUUAGAUCAUUAGAUUAUGAACGUCUAGAUGAUCGUGAAAUCUAUGCUACAUUCUAUGCAAUUGAUGGUGGUGAUCCAUCAUUAACUGGUUCAUUAUCAAUAAUAGUACGAUUAUUAGAUAUGAAUGAUAAUCCACCUAUUAUUCAACAAUAUACAGCAACAGAACAGUUGAUUACAUUACCAGAGAAUACAACUAUGGAUGAUAAACCAUUUUUCAUUGUGAAUGCAACCGAUGCGGAUUCCGGGGAGAAUGGUCGACUGACUUAUACAUUUAGUCCAUUAGCGAAUAGUUUAGUUCCAGUCAAGUUCAAUAUUGAUUCAAGAAAUGGUGCUAUUACUAUUCGUGAACCAUUAGAUUAUGAAAUUUAUUCGGAACGUCAAUUUAUAUUACCGAUUGUCGUGAAAGAUGCUGGUAGUCCACAACUAUCAAGUACUACAACAAUCUAUGUUCAGAUUAAAGAUAUUAAUGAUAAUAUACCAACAUUGGUUGUACAAGAGAAUAUGACUGUACCUGAAGAACAAAUGUUUACAAAACCAAUUGUUCGGUUUUAUGUUCGAGAUGAAGAUGAAGUAUCACAUGGUAAAAUUACUUGUAAACCAAUCCAAUUGAAUACAAGUCAUCUACAUGAUAAAGAAUUGAUAGCUGGUUAUGAUUAUUUAAGAUUACAUCCAAUCUCGGAUACUGUAUUUUUUAUUUUUACUAAAGGUAUAUUUGAUUAUGAAAAAAUACCACGUGCAUCUAUAUUAAUUGAAUGUUAUGAUUUAGCUGAUCAUAUUGAUCACUUAGAAACAUUGAAUAUUACCCAGCAACUAAAUGAAAUACAAGCACAGCAACAACAACACCCCCAACAUCCCCAGCAACAACCAUUGAAAUCAUUUCCAUUACGUAUAACAAUAGCUAUAUCGGAUCAAAAUGAUAAUAUCCCAUUAUUUAUACAAUCUAAAUAUUAUGUUCAAAUACCUGAACAUAUACCAGAUGGAUCAUUUAUUAUGGAAAUUAAAGCAUACGAUUUAGAUCAUGGUGAAUAUGGUCAAUUAACAUAUCAAUUAGGUCCAAUCAUAUUCAAUUAUAUUCAUGAUCAAGUUGUGGAAGAAGGAGACGAAGGGGGGAAACAUAUAUUACCACCAUCAUCACCCCCAUCACCACCACCUCACCAACAACCAUUUCAUAUUGAUCCAUUGACUGGUAGGAUUACAGUAUUACAUAAUCAAUUAUUAGAUCAUGAAUUAAUUGAUUUUUUAAAUUUAACUAUUAUUGUUAAAGAUAAAGGUAAUUUAACAUCUACAACACAAUUAAUUAUACAAUUAAUCGAUAUUAAUGAUCAUUUACCUAAAUUAUUAAAUUCAAUUAAUAUUGAUUUUAUUGAAAAUCAAAAAAUCAAUACUUUUAUUGAUUUUAUACAUUUAAUUGAUUUAGAUCAAAAUUUUAAUUAUUCACGUAUACAUUUAUUAUUAAAUAAUAAUAAUGAUCAAUUAAUCAAUAAUCAAUCAAUCAAUAAUCGACCAAUCGAUAAUCCAUAUAAUCAUUAUAUUAAAAUGAUACCAGAUCCAAAUUUUAAUUAUACAAAAAUUACAAAAACAGAAUUAAUUAAUGAAUAUGAAUUAAAAGCAUUACUUAUUAGCCGAUCAGUAAUAGAUCGUGAAAAAGUGGAUCAAAUUUUUUAUAAAAUUAUAACUUAUAAUGAUAAUACUGAUAUUGAAUUAAUAAGUAGUAUAACAUAUACAUUAACGAUUAAUAUAUUAGAUGAAAAUGAUAAUAUCCCAAUAUGUAUAUAUCCUAUUUAUAAUAGUAUUAUUAAUUAUUAUGAUCAAGAUCAAGAUCAGGAUCGAGAUCGGGAUCAGGAUCCAGAUCAGGAUCAGGAUCAAGAUCAUUCAAUGAUGAUGGUUUAUACAAGUACACCAAUCUAUAGUUUUAUAUUGCAAAUUAAAGGUUAUGAUCCAGAUUAUGAUUCAAAUGGUACUAUUAUAUAUCAAUUAAAUCAAUAUACAAAUGGUAGUCAAUUUUUUUAUUUAAAUGAAACCAGUGGUAAAUUAUAUACCAAUUGGUUAACUCAUACCUAUUUCCCCCCACAUCUGGAUCAUGCUAUUCAAACAAACCCCUCACAAAUUGAACCUAUUGAAGGUAUUUAUCAACUGAAGAUACUACUUAAAGAUAUGGGUAUACCAUCAUUAUCAAAAGAAACACAAUUUUAUAUUAAAAUUCAUUCAUUGAAUAUUGAUUUAAUCAAUAAAUCAAUAAUCAAUAAUCAAUCAAUCAAAUCCAAUCAAAAAUUACCAUAUUGGUUUAAUCAUCAUCAUUGGGUAUUGAUUUUAGUCAUGAUUUCUAUAAUCUUACUACUUAUCAUUAUAAGUAGUAUUAUAUUAUGGAUUAAAUCAUAUUGUAAAUUAAAAUUAUGUUCUACUAUUAAAAGUAAAUGUAAACCAAUUUUAAUAAAAUCAAUCAAAAAACAAGAUCAAUCAUUGAUCAUUAAACCAUAUCAAUCAAAUGAUUUAUUAAAAAUCGAUAAUAUUCCAUCAAAAUUAAUCAAUAAUGAGAUUAGAUCAGAUAACAAUAUGAUUGAUCAAUCAAUUAAUAAUCGAUAUACUACUCAUUAUUCAAUAAAUGAUCAUUUUAAUAUGAAUACUACUAAUAAUACUACUUAUAAUAAUGAUAAUAAUAAUGAUCUAUUUAGUUAUAGUAAUCAUUUACAUACAAAUCCAAUCUGUUCAUUUCCUUACUCUUAUGAAACUGGUAGUAAUAAUGAUUAUUAUCAUCAAUCUAUGGGACGAAGAUGGACUUCAGGAGAUCCGUCCAAUCUUUAUUAUUCUAUAAGGAAUAGUCAUCCGAAUAUAUCGAAUACGCCUUUGAACAAUCCUGAUAUUGAAAUGUAUACUGAUAGUAACAAUAAUCCUAAUCAUAAUGAUGGUUAUUUACAAUCAACCAUUCAAAGAACCUAUGGAAAUUCUAUCGUUUAUUCAGGAUAUACAUAUUCACAUUUAUCCCCUAUACAUGAUCUUGGUUAUUAUGAUCAAUAUCAAAAUCAACAAAGAAAUAUGAAAUUCUGUUGAUCAUCAAAAACCCAUUCCAUCAUUCCAAUCAAGAUGGUUUGGUCCUUAUUAUUGUUUUAUCUCUUCCAAAUUUCAACUUGAAGUUAACCCUAACUCCUGAUAGGCUUGAUAUGUUGAUUUUCACUUUCAACAAUAUCCCCUAACUUGAAUACUGUAUCCUUCCAAUCGAAUAACCCACUUCAUUGAUAUCUAUUUAUCUAUGUAUAUAUAUUCGUUAAAGUGCAUUUCUUGUUUGACUUCAGAGGAUUUUUCUUCUCUUCUACUGAAUGUUAUUUUCUCUUAGGUCCUUAUUUCUUCUGAUGUACAAAGAAAACAAUGUCAAAUGAUUGUUCUAGCUUGAAAUCAUUACUCUGUUUGUUUGUUUAUUUAUUUAUUUUCACUCUUCCCUGUAAUGUACUCGACACAGUUUCAUAACUAUCAAUAUGAAAGAAGACGGCCUAUUUGAAUAUCUAAGUUACCUGUUCCUGUCAUCUUAACACUUCAACAGAUGCCUUUCUGAAAUGUGUACAACCUUUCAUUGUAUAAGUUAUUAAAGGCUCAAUCAAAGAUAUCAUAGUUGUUGACAUUAUAUACAGCGAAGAGAAUGUAUACGAUUCAGAUGUCGAUUUACUGGAUUAUGAACUUCCAACUGGAGACUAUUCAAUACUUAUCAUCAGGAUCGAUAAUGAUUCCAUUAGAUACCCAUUAUACCUGUGCUAAUCCAUAACCGAAUACACUAACUAUGUCAACUUCAUAUAGAAGUCUAUGCUCUUUUUUUGAAUCACUGGACUAAAGAACAUACUUCCUUUAAUAGUAUGCCAUAAAUGAAAUUAUGAUUCGUUCAAAUCUAAUAACUAACGAAACCUUUAUGCAUAAUGAAGUCGAUGGUUUUUGGUAUCUUCUUCUCACUUGUCGUUGAAUCAAACUGUUAUCAAUAUGUUCAUUGAUGAAUUGUAAUUGCUUCUUAUAUAAAUAAACUGGAAACUUUAUUCUUUAUCCUGA